CAGGGCUUUCUGGUGCUCGUUUUUGAGCUUGCUGCAAAUAGGAACAGGAAGCUCAAAAGGGGGGGGGAGAAGAGAGAGAGCAAGAGCAGAAGCUGUUGAACCCAAAAGGAAGCUAGUAACAGCUGGGAGGAAAAGAGAGGGGAGCAGAUCUCCGGAGAGAAACUUUGCACUCCAAAAAAAGGAGGCGUCUGUACGCUGCGUUAAAAAAAGAAAAGAAAGCCUUCCCCCCUUUGGAGAGUGAGGAGAGAGCGGUUUGCGUGUUGUUGUUUUUUCUCCCACUUGCAAUCGCAGAACUGAUCUUGGCUGGGCUUAGCGCACCCCCCUUGCCUCCUCCCGGUGACUCUUCUCUUCCUGCCGUGCAUCACCAGCAAAGCGGAGGAAGGGGAGCUUUUUUGACAGGUGCAGGGAUCCAGAGGAAAGCGGGUGGCAGCGUCUGCUUGCUCGUGCCAGUGACCAGUCGGGAGCCGCUCAGUGGGACCAGCCGCAGCAAGUGAGAAAGGGGUCGUUUAUCUGUAAAAUUGCAUUGAUUUCCCCAAAGACUGAGACGGUGGGGGGUUCGUUAUUUCUCUCUCUUUAUAUCUCACGGCACCUUGGAGCGUAGCCCGCAAGUCUGGCGGCUCUUGAUGCGUCCCCAGGGAAAUAAUCCGAUUGUGAGGGACUGAACUCCAACAGCAGCUGCUGAUCUGUCUUGGGAGACCUCGAAACUGCCACUUCUGGACCUCGAAACCACCAUCUCUCCCCCCACCAUCCUCACAUUCUGUUGCACCUUGCUUGCCUGUGAGCUUCCAGAAGAACACUCUGGUACCCAAACGGCGGUAUAAACAAAACAAUCUGGGGAUCCAGUUUCCCACCCUCGAGAUACUUUGAAAUUGCAUCUUCUCUCUCUCUUUUUUUUCAAAGGAGCGCAAAUCUUUCCUCCCCCUGUUUGUUUGUGUGUUGGAUGUGGGCCUCUUAAAGGAAACUGUUGUUUGUUUUUCUGCCUUCAUUUGUUCCCAUCUUAUCCUGCACUGUUGCUGUUCCACACCUGGAAGGAUUUUGGGGCGAUUCUGUUUGAAGGAUCGGGAGCCAAACGGACAUGCUGUGAAUGGGAACUUUACCGCUCCUUCCUUGGGCACAAAUUGCUGGGCCGUUGGAGAGACAGACCAUAGAGAGGAUUGCCAAACUAUCGUUGGACCAUCAUCUGGGGAGACCAUUUUAAUAUAGGCACUGUUGCAGAGGGGCUUCUACUUUCCUACUGACAGAUAAACUUCCAGCGCCUUGUCACCCAUUGAAGAUCAAUACUUCUCGUCGCUGAGCUCACAUCUAGCUCAUUCUUUUGCAACAGCUGUCUAGGGGAGGAUAAGGACCUCGGGCCCUGGCCCACCUGUGGCCCUGCCGGCCUCUCCAGGUUUGGCCAAUGCUUUCCCCUCUCUGCCGUGGGCCGGCAAGCUGGCCGUCCCUUUGAGGUUGCUCAUGUCUGGCGAUGGACUUUGACCCCUACGCAAGCAUGCAGGUUGGAAUGCGGGUGGUCCGUGGCAUGGAUUGGAAGUGGAGCAACCAAGACAGCGGCGAAGGCAACGUCGGGACGGUGGUGGAGAUCGGCCGUCAAGGCAGCCCGACCACGCCGGAUAAGACUGUGGUUGUCCAGUGGGACCAAGGGACUCGCACCAACUACCGGACCGGAUUCCAAGGAGCCUAUGAUCUUCUUCUGUACGAUAAUGCACAAAUAGGUGUCCGCCACCCCAAUAUAAUCUGCGACUGCUGCAAGAAGCAUGGGAUCCGUGGUAUGCGGUGGAAGUGCAAAGUCUGUUUCGAUUAUGACUUGUGCAUGCAGUGUUACAUGAACAACAAGCAUGACCUCUCCCAUGCCUUUGAGCGCUACGAAACGGCUCACUCGCAGCCAGUCACCGUGAGCCCACGGCAGAACUUGCUACGCAUAGCCCUGAAGGGGACUUUUCAGGGGGCAAAAGUGGUUCGGGGCCCUGACUGGGAAUGGGGUAACCAGGACGGUGGCGAAGGCAAAACCGGGCGCGUGGUCGACAUCCGUGGCUGGGAUGUGGAAACCGGGCGGAGCGUGGCUAGCGUGACGUGGACCGAUGGCACCACAAACGUGUACCGAGUCGGACACAAGGGCAAAGUGGACGUGAAAUGCAUUGCGGAAGCCUCGGGGGGCUUUUACUACAAGGAGCAUCUCCCCAAAUUAGGUAAGCCUGCCGAGUUGCAGAAAAAGGAGAGCACAGAUAGGCACCCGUUCCAGCACGGGGACAAAGUAAAAUGCCUCUUGGACAUCGACAUCUUACGGGAGAUGCAGGAAGGGCACGGGGGCUGGAACCCGAAAAUGGCCGAGUUCAUUGGCCAAACAGGAACUGUGCACAGGAUCACAGACAGAGGAGAUGUCAGAGUCCAGUUCAACAGUGAUACCCGCUGGACGUUCCAUCCAGGUGCUCUGACCAAGCUCAACACCUUUUGGGUUGACGAUGUUGUCCGGGUGAUAGAUGAUAUGGAAAGAGUCAAGCAGCUGCAAGCUGGUCACGGAGAGUGGACAGAUGAGAUGGCCCCUACCCUGGGGCACAUUGGCAAGGUGAUCAAAGUGUUUGGAGACGGGGAUUUGCGGGUGUCUUUCACAGGCCAGUCCUGGACCUUCAACCCCGCCUGUUUGACAGCCUACCAGAGGGAGGAAGACGCUAACCUCAUGACCACUGAGGACGCCAAGGAAUCUAAAAGCACGUUGCACACCAUCCUGGGGAGGUUGCUGUCCCAGAAGAUGGAAUCAGACAAUCCAGGCGGGCUGGUCACUGAGGCGGCCCAUGGCCACGCCCCCAAGGUCCGGGAUCUAGUUCAGAAAUACCCAGACAAGGUUGAUACAAAAAACCAGGGCAGGACGGCCUUGCAAGUGGCCUCUUACCUAGGCCAGGUGGAAGUGGUGAAGAUCUUGUUGCAGGCCCACGCCAACAUUAACCUGCGGGACGAAGAAGGGGAUGCAGCGCUGCAUUAUGCAGCGUUUGGGAACCAAGCUGAGAUUGCCCGCGUCCUGGUCAGCAAAGGGGCCAACGGCAACCUCUUGAGCAAUGCCAAGUGCACAGCCCUCCACAUUGCGGUCAACAAGGGCUUCACAGAGGUCGUGCAGGCUCUGUGUGAGCACAACUGCGAUGUCAACCUGCCGGAUUCCUUCGGCGACACCCCCCUCCAUUACGCCGUCACCGCCGACUUCAAGGGCAUCAUCGAGGCCCUCACUGACGUCCCCAAUAUCGACUUCACCAUCCAGAACCGACAGGGAUUCAACCUGUUGCACCAUUCGGCUCUGAAGGGGAACACACUAGCCAUCAAGAAGAUCCUAGCAAGGGCACGCCAGUUGGUCGACGCCAAGAAGGAAGAUGGCUUCACCGCCUUGCACCUGGCCGCCCUGAAUAACCACAAGGAAGUAGCGGAAAUCUUAAUCAAAGAGGGCCGUUGCGAUGUCAACCUCAAGAACAAUCGCAACCAGACGCCUCUGCACUUAGCGGUCACACAAGGCCACAUGGAGAUGGUGCGGCUGUUGGUGAGUGAGGGCUGCGACGUCAAUGCCGAGGACGAGGACGGCGAUACGGCCAUGCACGUUGUCCUUGAGAGGCAGCACUUGAUGUCCGUCACAGCCAAGGGGCAAGAAGUGGGAGAGGAGAGCCUCUUCUCCAAGCUCCAGGCUUCUGGAUUCCUUGGGAACCUUGAGCUGAACGUGGGGACUGCGAUUGCGUGCUACUUGGCGCAAGAAGGGGCUGACAUCCGCUAUGCCAACCACAGGGGAAAGUGCCCCCUCGACCUUGUCUCGGACGGAAGCAUAGCGCAGCUUAUCAAGAACUUCUCCCAACAGUUCAGGGAACAGCAGGAUACCUCGGAGAACUCCAUGGUGACGUGCAGCCUGAGGCGAGUGCACACGACCCCCAACACCAUGACCAACCUCAGCGUGGCGAAGGUGGCGGCUCCCUCCGAAUGCCUGGUCUGCUCUGAGCUGGCGUUACUCAUCCACUUCUUCCCCUGUCAGCACAGCAUUGUGUGUGAAGAAUGUUCCAGAAGAAUGAAGAAAUGUAUCAAAUGCCAAGUGACGAUUACAAAGAAGCUAAAGCAAGACAGCACAGAAGUGGAAUGCAGUUCCAGUUGGGACUCCACCGACCAGCAGAAGCUGGUGGAGGACCUCCAGAACCGCUACCGCCAAAUGGAGGAGCGCAUCACGUGCCCCAUCUGCAUCGACAGCCAAAUCAAACUGAUCUUCCAAUGCGGGCACGGGUCGUGCGCAGAGUGCGGCGCCGCCCUCUCCGUCUGCCCCAUCUGCCGGCAGACCAUCCGGGAAAGGAUACACAUCUUCGUCUGAGGACUGCCCCCUGCUGUUAAACCUGCCCCCUUCAGGAAACAAACAAACUUCUUUGGGGGUUUAAUUUUUUUUGUUUUUCGGCGUCCUUUUGGAUGAGAAUCGCGACCGGCCAAAGGCCCAGUACGGUUUGCUUUUUGUUGGUCUUGCCGUGGUUUUUCCCCCCCUCUUUUUUUUUGGAUAACAAAUAACAGGCCUUGGGCGAGAUGCAGACUUGACACACCGGCGAGGGGCUGCGUACGGAAGCCUGUGAGGCCAAAAGCGGCGGAGUGGAGAGAGGUGGCAAUGUCUUGGCAGCGUGGGCUUCUUCGUCGCCAUAUCCAGCUUCGGAAGGGGCGCGAAAUACACACGAUCUUCAAAACAAAACAGAAAAGACGAGCGCCUUUCUUUCCGUACCAUGGGCGAGGGGGGCGGGAUAGCAAUAUUCUUGCACUUUAAAGAAGGUGGAAGGUAAACCGGGCGCCGCCUCUCAAAGCCACGUUACGAAUAUGCACGAAACCAUAUAUUUCCCCCUUUGUUUUCAAGUUUUAGAGAAUCCUUGGGUUUUUACAAAGCCGGCAUCAGGCCGUGAUGUUAUACAUGGAGUUGAACAGAGAUACAGGGCGUGUGUGCGUGUGUGUGUGUGUGUGUGUGUGAGAGAGAGAACACCUUCGAGGGAAAGUCGUGACUGUUUACUAGCAACACCCCCCCCAUCCAAAAAAGAAAAAACCGCACUGCAACAGAAAUAUUCUUCUAUGAGGUGGUAGUCCUUUUCUUUUUUUCAGUGACAGUAGCUCCCUUACUUGCUUUCAACCCAGAAUACCACAUGCAGGUGUCUAUUUUCCAAUGAAAUCACAAUAAAAACGAGAUAUGAAUAAACAAGUAAUCCUAUCCCCA